AUGAUGCAUCCCAUGCUGUUCUUGCUCGUCGCUCUCGCCUUCGUGGCGUGGCCCGGGGCAGAGGCCAAGAAUACCCUGACCUACUGUGCUACGGCCAAUACGGGAUCUGACUUCUCAUCUGUCACCAGUAUUUAUCAGUCCAACGGAGCUUGUCAGACCACCUGUGCGGGCUACGCUUUGGGUGUUCUGCAAGGCAACCGAUGCUGGUGUACUAAUGUGGCCCCCUCCGAGUCAUCCCAGACAGAUGUCUCUGAUUGUGCCACGGGCUGCCCGGGAUAUCCCGCCGACAGCUGCGGCAGUGCCUCCGAGGGCGUCUAUGCGUACGUCGCCGUGGUUGGAAAUUCCGUCACCAGCACCGCCGGCGGCGGCGGCGACAAGACCAGCUCAACCAGCUCUUCGUCCAAGUCCACUUCCACCACCUCCUCUACUUCGUCCACCACAACCGACCCGGCUUCGACAACGGGCAGCGUGGUCAUGGUGGAGACGACCCUGGCAGGCCUCGUCAAAACCAUCACCGUCCCUGCUCCAAGCGGAACGGGCACCCAGGAUUCUUCCUCCAACAGUGGAGGCUCGGGCACUGGAAAUCUGAGUGGGGGCUCCAUCGCCGGGAUCGUUAUCGGUGUGCUGGGGGGACUCGCACUCGUCGGCGCACUGAUUUUCAUGGUCUUCUUCUAUCGCAAGCGGGCCCGCGCCGCAAGCCCGAUCCCCAGCACUGCCGACAUGACCGAGCAUCGGGCCAGCCAGGCAUCCAGCUUCUCCCGAGGCGUCUUCCCUCAAGGUGCCCAGGACCUGUCUGGGUCCAGCCUCGGACGCAAACAUACCUUUACCGACAAUCGACUCAAGACUGACAUCUACCCGAACGGACCACGCGAUAGCAGCGUCUCUCUACAGGAUAACGAAGAUUACUCACGUCCAGUCCUUCGUCUCACCAACCCUGACUAA